CGCGCAGGGGCGGGGCUUAGGAUCUUGUUUUUCUCCCACAAGAACGGACAACAACAGUCGCUCUUUCUUCCUCAUUCACUCCUUCACAGGCUGUUCAGCGGAGAAGGUCAACUGGAACCAUGGCGAAAGAUCCAAACAAGCCCCGAGGAAAAAUCUCCUCCUAUGCAUUCUUCAUUGCGACGUGUCGCGAAGAGCACAAGAAGAAAAAUCCAGGGACGAACGUCAGCUUCUCUGAGUUCUCCAAGAAAUGUGCCGAGAGAUGGAAGACAAUGUCUUCAAAGGAGAAGUCUAAGUUCGAGGAGAUGGCAAAGAACGACAAAGUUCGUUACGACCGUGAGAUGAAGUCUUACGUUCCACCUAAAGGAGCCAAGAAGGCCAAGAAGAAGAAGGAUCCCAACGCCCCCAAAAGGCCCCCCUCUGCCUUUUUCGUCUUCUGCUCUGAGUUCCGUCCCAAAGUGAAAGAGGAGUAUCCAGGAAUCUCCAUCGGUGACAUCGCCAAGAAGCUCGGGGAGAAGUGGUCUACGUUAAGCGCCAAAGACAAGGGGCCGUACGAGGCCAAGGCUGGCAAACUCAAGGAGAAAUACGAGAAGGACAUGGCGGCAUACAAAAGCAAAAGCGGCUCCGGGAAGGGCGAUGUGAAGAAAAGUGGUCCCGGCAGGCCCUCCGCCAAGAAGCAGGAAGUGGCAGAUGAUGAUGACGAUGACGACGAUGAUGAUGACGAAGACGAGGAGGACGACGAUGAUGACGACGAGGAUGACGACUGAGCAUUUUGGCUGACGACAGAAAGUGAUGUUGAGCUUAACUCCAGUUUGUGUUUGUGUGGCUGAGUGGGCGCUGCUGUGAGGGGGGGGCCCCCAUGUAGUUUAACCCCCCGUUUGUGUGUUCCAUGGUAGAGCCCCCUCAGCCUGUGUUAUGAUCAGACAGUGGACUGACCUUGUUGUGCGGCCGGUGGACAGCGGUGGGGUGUCGGGUUAUCAUUUGUGGAGGCACCGCUCAUGUUUGAGUCUGGUGCUGGUUCUCUACUGUCGUUUUACUGCCAGCGUUUAUAUGUAGUCCGAGUAAAAUGUUUGCAGCAAUUUUAAUGUACACGUCUGUAGAAUGACUUUCUUCUGUUUUUUUUUUCUAAUAAAAUUUUGUAUAUUGAUUA